AUGAGAGAUGUCUAUGCCGAAGCGUUCGCUCGCAAACAAAAAGACGGAAUAAAUAAAGCAACUUUCGCUGCUCCUUAUACUAUUUACUUUCCUCCUUCUCUCUGGGGUAGUCUAACCGAAGAACAAAAAAAUCAUCCGCAAACUGCUGAACUUACUUUAAGAGAAGACGUAAAAUUAGAUCCAAUCAGAGGCGAAAAAGAUUCUAAUACUAAGAAAGAUAAUAACGCUUUGUUUUAUGGAACCGGUGGUACUGGUAAGUCUAUUUCAGUAGAAAAAUUAGCCUAUGAAGCUGACAAGUAUCCAUUAGUCAUCGUCAAAGGAUUAGCCCUAACUCCAAAACUUCCUGACCAAAAAUACGAAGGAGGUGAGGUUCGCUACAUUUUCUUUAUUGAUGAAGCCGACCAAAUUAGCGAAAAUUCUUUUGCUAAAGAAUCUACGGGCUUAACUUUUCUAAAAGAAUGCAUGGGCAGCGAUAACUACAAAUUAAAUGAAAAAAAAUUUAUUGCUAACAACCCCGGUGCCGAAUAUGAACCGGAAAAAGAUGAAGAAAAUACUGAAGAACAAGAAGAUGAAGACAACGAACCAGCAGACAAAAAAUUAGAGCAUUUUGACGGAAAAUUUGAAACACCCAGAAACCCGAAAGUAGAAGAA